UCGAGUAGCAAACUUCUCAUCGACCUCGCUAAUGUUGUUUUCAUUUGAGGGAUAUCGUCGAGAUGGGUGGCGGAUAGUUUUAGGUGGCAAUAUUUCAGUAUCAUUGUGUUCAGAGUUACUUGAAAAUUGGUUAAAGAAAGGUAUAUUUAGCUAAUUAUGACUAUUGAAUAAAAUGAAAUGACUUUUAUAUUUCCGGUGGAUUCGCAUCAAGUUUUUUUUUUUCAGAAUUUUUUUUUUUUUACAGAAAACCGUAAAUAUAAAAUACAUCAAAUAUAAUAAAUUAGCAACACUUUGUGAAAAAUGAAAAGAUAUUUCAGUGAUUCAGAAUCGGACGGAGAGAAUGGAAGAUACUCAUCUUCGAGCGAUCCCCAGUCAGUUGCAAGGAAGAAACGUAGAGGGGUAAUAGAAAAACGAAGGCGAGACAGAAUAAACAACAGUUUGUCGGAACUUCGUCGUUUGGUACCGACAGCAAACGAAAAACAAGGUUGCGCAAAAUUAGAAAAGGCGGAAAUUUUACAACUUACAGUGGAGCAUUUGAAGGCGCUACAAGGUUCAUUGUACCUUCCUACAACCGGACUUGACCUCAGAAGUGCUGGAUUUCGAGAAUGCGCCGCCGAGGUUGCCAGAUAUCUCAUGUCAAUUGAAGGAAUGGAGCCACAUGAACCUUUGCCCGUCAGACUUCUUACACAUCUUCACAGCUCCCUAGCAAGACGAGAACAUGAAGACGUGAAAGCGCAGUGGACGUCAAUGCCCCCCAUUGGCUGUGGUCCAUUUUUGCCACCACUUCAUCAACACAGCAUUUCUGAUCAAAGAAUUUCAGGUCCGAAUCUUUUGUGUGGAACGAUGCCGACGUCACGACCUGAUUUUGGACUUUUGCCGCAACUAACAACUCAACCACCAUUUAGUGCAUUUGCGGCUGCCUUUCCAUUCAUGACGCCGGCGAACCUGGCACCAUUUCGCGGAAUUAGCAACGCUUUGAUUCAACAAACAACAAGAACUGGUCCCGUAGUGCCGAGAAAUGCGCCUGGCGUUAAGACAUUAUGAUAAUAUACUGUAUUUACUAGUCGACGACAAAAUAUCUCGCUGGGCGAGAUUCGGAAAA